GCAAGUUUUCUAUAGUUCUAGUCACCAUUCCACACAGUUUAAGCUCCCAUGGCCAUGGCAACACCACCCACUUCUCUAGUGUUCAAGGUCCGUAGGUGUAAACCAGAGCUAGUUACCCCAGCUAAGCCCACCCCUCGUGAGUAUAAACCAUUGUCGGACAUUGAUGAUAGAGAUGGUCACCGAUUUCAAUAUCCGAUUAUCCAACUUUAUCGAUGCAACCCUUCCAUGAAAGGGAAGGAUCCUGCUAGGGUUAUUAGAGAUGCACUUGCGAAAACUCUGGUGUUUUAUUAUCCAUUUGCCGGUAGGUUAAGGGAAGGGCCAAAUCGCAAGCUUGCGGUGGAUUGUACCGGUGAAGGGGUGUUGUUUAUUGAAGGUGAUGCCGAUGUUACACUUGAGCAAUUUGGUGAUGAACUUCAACCACCGUUUCCAUGCAUGGAGGAGCUUCUAUAUGAUGUUCAAGGUUAUGGUGGAGUGCUGAAUUGCCCCUUGUUUCUAAUCCAGACGGUGGAAAACAUGUACAAAACUUUUCAGUGGGAAGUAUAG